GGCCCGGCUGCGGAAGCUGAGGAAGAAGGAGGCCAAGCAGCGCUGGGACGACCGGCACUGGUCCCAGAAGAAGCUGGAUGAAAUGACAGACAGGGACUGGCGUAUUUUCCGGGAGGAUUACAGCAUCACCACCAAAGGGGGCAAAAUCCCCAACCCCAUCCGCUCCUGGAAGGACUCGUCGCUGCCGCCCCACAUCCUGGAGGUCAUCGAUAAGUGCGGCUACAAGGAACCCACUCCCAUCCAGCGGCAGGCCAUCCCCAUCGGCCUGCAGAACCGCGACAUCAUCGGCGUGGCUGAGACCGGCAGCGGUAAGACGGCGGCGUUCCUCAUCCCGCUGCUGGUGUGGAUCACCACCCUGCCCAAAAUCGACCGCAUCGAGGAAUCGGACCAGGGCCCCUACGCCAUCAUCCUGGCUCCCACCCGAGAGCUGGCCCAGCAGAUCGAGGAGGAGACCAUCAAGUUCGGGAAGCCGCUGGGCAUCCGCACGGUGGCCGUGAUCGGAGGGAUCUCCCGCGAGGACCAAGGCUUCCGCCUGCGGAUGGGCUGCGAGAUCGUCAUCGCCACGCCGGGGCGUCUCAUCGACGUGCUGGAGAACCGCUACCUGGUGCUGAGCCGCUGCACCUACGUGGUGCUGGACGAGGCGGACCGCAUGAUCGACAUGGGCUUCGAGCCCGACGUGCAGAAGAUCCUGGAGCACAUGCCCGUCACCAACCAAAAACCCGACACCGACGAGGCCGAAGAUCCCGAGAAGAUGUUGGCCAACUUCGAGUCGGGGAAGCACAAGUACAGACAGACCGUCAUGUUCACGGCCACCAUGCCGCCGGCCGUGGAGCGCCUGGCACGCAGCUACCUGCGCCGCCCGGCCGUCGUCUACAUCGGCUCCGCCGGCAAACCCCACGAGCGGGUGGAGCAGAAGGUCUUCCUCAUGUCGGAGUCGGAGAAGAGGAAGAAGCUGUUGGCCAUUCUGGAGCAGGGCUUCGACCCGCCCAUCAUCAUCUUCGUCAACCAGAAGAAGGGCUGCGACGUGCUGGCCAAGUCCCUGGAGAAGAUGGGG